AUGUCGGCUGCUGGAAAUAAUACUACCUCAGUUAUUACACGUUGCAUGUAUAUGCGACCAGAUGAAAUUAUUGAAGCCUACAUCUAUAGCGCUGUCGUAUUUUUUACAAUUUUAAAUAACAGUCUGUUAAUCAUGGUUAUGCGCCGCCAUUGGAAUAAUACCAAUAUUAUUAUGUGCAGUAUGUGUCUUAGUUGUAUCUUAUUUGCCGUAUUCUUCCUCUUACCACGAAAAAUUUUAGUUGGCACAUUGCGCUGCGAUCCAAUUUACUGCGCCUUUAUUAGUUUACUUGGGCAAACAUUUGUUAUUAUGAUGAAUUUACAUCUUUGUAUAGUCAGUUUGGAUAAAUAUUUGGCAAUUACUGCACCUUUACACUAUGAAUCGAUCGUUAAGAAGAAGCGUGUAAUUAUUGCUCUGGCUGUCGUUUAUAUUCUCUCUAUAGCGGCAAGCUUUUUACCUCUGAUUUGGCGCCCCGUAUUUCAAGAUAGAUCACGAUCUGAAAUGAGUACUUUUUGUAUAUCUAUCCGUGAAAUAGGUUGGACUACUGCAAAUACACCACAAACCGCCCAAAUUGAAGAAGUUUAUUACUUUGUCUUCUUCAUUUCCUUGUUUUUUAUACCAUUAGCCAUUAUGUUACUAACUUAUGGCCGCAUUUAUGCUAUUGCACGAGAUCAUCAUAUUCGCAGCCAACCCAAGACACCAACGAGUGGCAAAAAUGGAAGCCGUAGAAAGAGUUUAGUCGAUUCUACAUUUAAGAAUAUUAAAGCGGCCCGUACUUUAGCUAUAGUUGUCGGCACAUUUUUCGUAUUUUGGAUGCCUUAUAUCAUCGCCUUCUUUAUAUUUCGCGUACGUCAAAAUAGCGAAUAUACACCAUCCGCAUUGAUAUUUAUUCAAGUUACGGUCUAUAUUGCUUAUUGUUAUCCAGUGAUCAAUCCAAUUAUUUAUGGCUACUUUAAUAGCAAUAUACGCAAAACCGCCAUAAAUAUGAUCCGCCGUUACAAGCGAAAGGAAAGUAUAUACUCUUCAGGAUCUGCUUACUCCAUAGGACGAACGGAGUAG